GAGCGAGCGCCGUUCCCCUUCGUUGCCGCCCCCUCCCGCUCUUUCCUCCGUUUGGAACUUUGCUGACUGCAACAUUCUGAAGCCGAACGUAGCGACACAAAGGGGGCGGAGGCGGUAGAACGUUCGAUUCUUGCCUCAUUCCGUCCGGCCUCUUUUCUGCGGGCGGAGAGGGGGGGGGAGCUCGCGAUCCCCAAUCCACAUUACCCGCUGUCCCGCUGCGGGUGCUCGCUUGGGGGGGGAGAGAGAGAAAGGAGGCCUCGGCAGCACCACCCUCCGGCCAUCGAGCCUCACUGCACCUCCCCCUUUCUCACUCACUCUCCCCCCACCCAACCCCCCCUCUCCGACUCUCAAUGUUCCACACUGCCCGGCCACAGAGCCUCCUCUGCUGCUUUAUUUCCCCCCGGCUGCUUCCAUCCCCUCCAAGGACAUUUUAUCCCCUUCCCUCCCCCCUUCCAUCCCUCCCCUCUGAUCUAACGUCGGGACAGGACGCCUGCGAAGUUUUCCAAGAUGUCCAGUGACAGACAAAGAUCAGAUGACGAAAGUCCAAGUACCAGCAGUGGGAGUUCAGAUGCAGAUCAGAGGGACCCACCGGCGCCUGAACCUGAGGAGCAAGAAGAAAGAAAGCCUUCUGCAACCCAGCAGAAGAAAAAUACCAAACUCUCCAGCAAAACUACUGCUAAGCUAUCCACUAGUGCUAAAAGAAUUCAGAAGGAGCUGGCCGAAAUAACCCUAGAUCCACCUCCAAACUGCAGUGCUGGGCCUAAAGGUGAUAACAUUUACGAGUGGAGAUCUACUAUCCUUGGUCCCCCAGGUUCUGUAUAUGAAGGUGGUGUCUUUUUUCUGGAUAUCACAUUUUCAUCCGAUUAUCCAUUUAAACCACCAAAGGUUACCUUCCGUACUAGGAUCUAUCACUGCAACAUCAACAGUCAGGGAGUCAUCUGUCUGGAUAUUCUGAAAGACAACUGGAGCCCUGCUUUGACUAUUUCAAAGGUUUUGCUCUCUAUUUGUUCCCUCUUGACAGACUGCAAUCCUGCUGAUCCUCUGGUGGGAAGCAUAGCCACUCAGUACCUGACCAACAGAGCCGAACAUGACAGGAUAGCCAGACAGUGGACCAAGAGAUACGCAACAUAAGUGACGUUGACUACUUUGUGCAGUGUGAAGGUGCACGGAUGCAGCUUUGCACUGUGCAACCAAUCUUUAUAGCCUUUACAAUACGGACUUCUGUGUAUAUGUUAUACUGAUUCUACUCUCUGCUUUUAUCCUUUUGAAGAUUGGGAUAUUGCUUUUCCUCCCUCCUUCCUCUCCCCACCCACCCACACAAAAGAAAGGUAAAUGCUAUCAAGAGUAGAACUUUGUAGCCGUAGAUUAGUUAUGUUUAAAAUGCCUACUUGCAAGUCUUGCUUCUUUGGGAUAUCAAAAUGUAUUUUGUGAUGUAACUAAGGAUACCGUUCCUGAAGUCAACCAAAUAUUAUAGUGCAUUUUAGCCUAAUUCAUUAUCUGUAUGAAGUUAUUAAAGGUAGCUGUAGAUUACUAGGAAUUAUGUCAUUUGUAUUAAGCCCAGAUCUGUUUCCGAUAUGUGGUACAUGCUGUUGUGAAAACUGUUUUAAACUUUUACCUUUGUCAGCUUGUGAUGAAAGGAUUUUUUUUCUUUUCUUUUACCUCUUCCCCUCUCAUCGCCACCACUUUGUAGCUCAGAGAGCACCCAGUGUAUCAUCUCAAACACAAUAAAUAUGUUCCCCAAGGAA